AUGUAAUCGUUUUCAACUUAAGUUGAAUUUUAAGAAGACUUUGAUUUUAAAAAUUCUGUAUUGCUUGGUUAAGGAACAUUUGGUAAGGUUUUUAAAGCAAAGGCUUUAAAGUCCUUACCAUUAGGGUAUUAUGCUUUGAAAAUAAUUGAAACAUAAAGGUACAUAAUUUUAUAGCUUAGUGAAUAGGCUUUUGAGUUGGCAAUUUAAGAGUUAAAUUUGUAUUCAGCAAUAACACACCAUUAAAACGUUAUUUAAGUUUACAAAGUUUAUUCUUGGAAGGAUGAAAUGCCUUUUAGAAAAUUUGUAUUAGUUUUUGCAAUGGAAUUAGCCAUAAAUAGCCUUAAAUAAGACAUUGACGAUAGAAGGAAAAUUUCAAAAGAAUAUGGAGGUUAAUACUUAUUAAAUAAUAGACAUGUUAAUAAUAGAUAUUAUGAAUCAAUGUUUAAAAGCUUUUUAUCAUUUAGCAAAAAAUAAACAUUUAUUCCAUAGAGAUGUUAAACCAGAGAAUAUAUUGGUUACAAAUAUAUCACCAUUUACUGUUAAAUUAGCAGACUUUGGGGCUGGGAAAGAAAAUCUUAAUGGAUAAGCAAUGUUGAAUACUUUAGUAGGAACACCUUUAUUUUUGUCACCUAAGUUAUAUGUUGCCUAUUCAUUGAAUUAACCUGGAAAAGUGAAGUAUAAUAUGUUCUAUUAUAGACAUGAUUUAGAAAAGAGCGACGUUUUUUCUUUAGGUAUAACCUUUUUAUAAAUGAUUCUAUUACUAAAUGAUAGAGAUUUAUCAAAAUUAAAUGAUCCUAUUAUUUAUGACGAUAAAACUGGAGAUUCUAUUGAUACAAGUGAAGAAUUUGCAUUGAGAAAAGAUUGUUAAGGAUGGAAAAAAUUAUAAAAUCACAUAAAUAAUAUUAAAAAUCCUUCGAUUAAAGCAUGCAUUUAUGGAAUGACAGAGUUUAGUGAAAGGAAUCGAUUUACUUGGUUUUAAGCUUUAACAACCUUAGAUCCAGAUUUCAAGGAUGAGUAUAUUAAAAAAAUAAAUUUAGUGAGAAAAUUUAGAUCCAGAAACCAAUUUAAUUAAAUGAAUAAAAAAAACAAUAGGUUAUUUAAUCAUAUUCUAAUGAAAAUACUACACUCAAAUAUUUAGGAACUUUGAAUGAUGAAUUUUAUCAUAAUAAAAUCAUAUCUGCUGGAAAUUAAAUACUUUCAUACUCAUCUGAAGGUGUUAGGCUUAUUUCAAUAGGAGGAACUGUAGAAUGGAUAUUUAAUUAACGUAUUCUAUUAUUAAAUUUUAGAUGCUUGCUUUUUAUCUUAUCUUCCUUCACUUGAUAUUUGUGUGGGAAUAGCAGAGGCUGGAGAAAUAUUUGGAAUCAAUUUAAAAAAUAAAUCAUCUAUAUGUGAAAGAAUAAUUCAUUUUCAUUAUGAUACAAUAAGUGUAUAAUAUAUGUUUAGAUGUUUUUAGGUUAUGAAAUAUAUGAGGAAAGAUCUUUGUAUUAUGGGAACAAAAUUUGGAGAAAUUAUGAUUAUAGCAUUUGAUACUUAACCUCCUUGUGUUAUAAAAAAAUACAAAGAAAUUGAUAGAUAAGUGUUAGAUUUAAUAUAUGAUGAUGAAGUCAAAAAUAUUAUAUCAACACAUGAAAACUGUGCAAUCUAUUGUAAAUAUUUAGCUUAUGAAUAAUCGUAAUAUUAUUAAUUUUAAAAUAAAUAGAGCUAAAUUCAUAUAUGAAACUUAACUUACAAAUUUAACAUUAAUUUCAUCAGAAUAUUUUACAGGAAUAGGAAAGGAUUUAUCAGUAAUUCCAAUAUUUUAGAUCAAAGAUGGUAAUUACCAUUUAAUAAAUUAGGUAUAUUAAAUUUAAUCUAAAUAUAUCAUAUUCAUAACAAAACUGUUCCCUUAGCUCUAACUCUCUCAGACAAUUAUCUUGUUUGGGUAAGUUAAAAAUUCAUAGGAUCAGUCUUAGUAAAUGGUGAUUUGAGCAAAUUAAAUGAAGAAAAAGGUAAAGAAUUAAUUGUAAAUGCUUCAAAACCAGCUCAUUUAUUAACAACAUUAUAGAAUGGGAAAAUAAUUGUUGCUAGCGAUGGAAUUAAAUUACAUUUAUAUUAAAUAGGUAUAAUUUUAUAAAUUUUAUUUAGUUUCUUAAAAUUGUGAAAUAUUUUGA